AUGGAAUCUAUUAUUACCAAUAAUGUUUCUGAUCAUCAAACUGAACAAUUUAAUAAUACAUCCAUAAUAAAUCAUAUUCAUGAAGAAACUAGUAAACAUAUUUAUCCAUGUGAAAAUAAUAAUGAUAAUGAAUCUUCAACAAAGUUAACCGAUGAUGAUGAAUUAAUAGCAAAACUUGAUAUUUUAUUAAUUGAUAAUUCAUUGGACUCAAAUAUAUAUUUUCACUCGUAUCAAUCGGAAAAGGAAAUGUCAUCUAUAAUAUCUUUAAUCAGUAGUACAUUAUCUGAACCAUAUUCAAUAUAUACAUAUCGUUAUUUUAUUCAUAAUUGGCCUGAUUUAUGUAUCUUAUGUUCAGAUCGUCAAACCAAUGAUUUAAUUGGUGCCAUUGUAUCAAAAUUAGAUUUACAUAAAAAUACUUUACGUCGUGGUUAUAUAGCAAUGUUAGCAAUUAAAAAAGACUAUCGACGACAAAAAAUUGCAUCGAAACUUGUUCUUAGGAGUAUACGAGAGAUGAUUAAACGUGGCUGUGAUGAAAUUGUACUUGAAGCUGAAGUCAGUAAUGAUUCAGCUUUAAAUCUCUAUGAAAAUUUAGGUUUUUUACGUGAAAAACGUUUAUAUCAUUAUUAUUUAAAUGGCGUAGAUGCUUUUCGAUUAAAGCUCUGGCUAAAAUGA